GGCCAAACGGACUGGCCUCUGGGCGUACCCGGUGUCCAAGGUGCUCAUGGAGAAGGCGUCGUCGAGGUUCGCGGCGGAGCACGGCAUGAGCCUGGUGACCCUGUGCCCGUCCGUCACCGUCGGCGAGGCGCCCGACCGGCAGGUGUACACCACCGUCCCCGCCAUCCUGUCCCUGCUGUCCGGCGAUGAGGCGGAGCUCAAGGUGCUCAAGGGCAUCGAGAGGGCCUCCGGGUCGGUGCCGCUGGUGCACGUGCGCGACGUCUGCCGCGCCGAGAUCUUCGCCGCCGAGGCGGAGGCCGUCGCCAGGAGGCAGGGUUCACCUUACCGACAGUAA